GUGCGCGUGCGCAGUGCGCGGCUUUUGCUCGGACCUGGAGUAAUGAGAGUGGGCGUUUGAUUCCAACAGGAUGGCCAGUUUCUCCAGCGAGGACCAGGCAAUGUUGCAGGCGAUGCUGAGGCAGUUGUUCCAGAGCGUGAAGGAGAAAAUCACGGGUGCCCCUUCCCUGGAGUGUGCCGAAGAGAUUCUUUUACAUCUGGAGGAAACUGAUGAAAAUUUUCACAACUAUGAAUUUGUGAAAUACCUCAGACAACAUAUAGGCAACACUUUGGGUUCUAUGAUUGAAGAAGAAAUGGAAAAAUGCACAUCUGAUCAGAAUCAAGGUGAAGAAUGCGGCUAUGAUACAGUUGUACAGCAGGUCACUAAAAGAACUCAAGAAUCUAAAGAGUACAAAGAAAUGAUGCAUUACCUGAAGAACAUUAUGAUAGCUGUGGUUGAGUCUAUGAUUAACAAGUUUGAAGAAGAUGAGACACGAAAUCAAGAGAGGCAGAAAAAAAUCCAAAAGGAGAAAAGCCGUAGUUACUGCACAGACAAUUGCUCUGAUAGUGAUUUGUCAUUCAAUCAGAGUUACAAAUUUUGUCAAGGAAAAUUACAAUUGAUUUUAGACCAGUUGGAUCCUGGGCAACCUAAAGAGGUGAGAUACGAAGCCUUGCAAACAUUAUGUUCCGCUCCUCCAUCUGAUGUCCUGAACUGUGAAAAUUGGACUACUCUCUGUGAAAAACUGACAGUGUCUCUUUCAGAUCCUGAUCCUGUGUUUAGUGACCGGAUUUUAAAAUUCUGUGCACAGACAUUUUCACUUUCUCCAUUACAUAUGACCAAGGAAGUUUAUACAAGCUUAGCUAAGUAUUUGGAGUCAUACUUUCUUUCUAGGGAAAAUCAUAUUCCUACUCUUUCAGCUGGUGUAGAUAUAACUAAUCCUAAUAUGACUCGUUUACUUAAAAAGGUUCGUCUUCUAAAUGAAUAUCAGAAAGAAGCUCCAUCUUUCUGGAUUCGUCAUCCAGAGAAGUAUAUGGAAGAAAUUGUGGAGAGUACUUUGUCCUUGUUAACAGUUAAACAUGAUCAAAGCCAUGUUGUCUCACAAAAGAUUUUGGAUCCGAUCUACUUUUUUGCAUUAGUUGAUACCAAGGCUGUGUGGUUCAAAAAGUGGAUGCAUGCACAUUAUAGCAGAACUACAGUAUUAAGACUUCUUGAAAAGAAAUAUAAGUCUCUGAUAACUACAGCCAUUCAACAGUGUGUUCAGUACUUUGAACUGUGUAAGACUAGGAAAGCUGAGGAAACUUUGGAACAUUCAAAGCAUUGCAGAAAAAAGCAGAAAACUUUCUACUACUUAGGACAAGAAUUACAAUAUAUUUAUUUCAUUCACUCACUGUGCCUUUUAGGAAGAUUAUUGAUCUAUAAACAAGGCAGAAAAUUAUUUCCUAUUAAGCUGAAGAAUAAAAAAGGUUUGGUAUCCCUCGUAGAUCUGAUUGUUCUAUUUACACAGCUUAUCUAUUACUCACCAAGUUGUCCAAAGAUGACAUCAGCUACACAUGCAGAGAAUUACUCUCCUGCAAGUAUGGUGACUGAAGUUCUAUGGAUACUCUGUGAUCAAAAAGAAUGCGCGGUGGAAUGCUUAUAUAACAACAUUGUAAUAGAGACACUUCUUCAGCCUAUUCACAAUUUAAUGAAAGGAACUGAGGCAUCUCCAAAUUGCUCUGAGACAGCUUUAAUUCAUAUAGCUGGUAUUUUGGCAAGAAUUGCAUCUGUAGAAGAAGGACUUAUUUUACUCCUUUAUGGAGCAAAUAUGAACUCUUCUCAAGAAAGUUCUACAGGUGCUCAUAUAAUUGCCCAGUUUUCGAAAAAACUUCUUGAUGAAGAUAUUUCAAUAUUUUCUGGAUCACAAAUGUUGCCUGCGGUUAAAGGAGCUUUUAUUUCUGUGUGUCGUCAGAUAUAUAGUACAUGUGAAGGCUUGCAGGUGUUAAUCACUUACAAUUUGCAUGAAUCUAUAGCAAAGGCAUGGAAAAAGACAAGUUUGCUAUCAGAAAGAAUUCCUACUCCAGUAGAGGGUUCUGAUUCUGUUUCUUCAGUAAGCCAGGAAUCCCAAAACGUAGAUAAUUUGCUAGAUGAUUUACUACAUUUUGCUGCCACCCCCAAAGGAUUACUACUUCUUCAAAGAACAGGUGCUAUCAAUGAAUGUAUGACAUUUAUGUUCAACCGACAUGCAAAAAAAUUACAGGUCAGCAGGCAUAAAAAAUUUGGCUAUGGAGUUUUGGUUACACAAGUGGCAUCAACAGCAGCAGGUGGCGUUGCACUAAAAAAGUCAGGGUUUAUUAAUGAACUUAUAACUGAAUUAUGGUCCAAUCUGGAAUAUGGAAGAGAUGAUGUUAGGGUAACCCAUCCCAGAACUACUCCAGUGGAUCCUAUUGACCGAAGCUGUCAAAAGUCUUUUUUAGCACUGGUGAACUUGUUAUCCUAUCCUGCUAUUUAUGAGCUGAUAAGGAAUCAAGAUCUUCCUAAUAAAACAGAAUAUUCUCUUCGUGAAGUCCCAACAUGUGUUAUUGAUAUUAUUGACAGACUUAUAAUUUUGAAUUCUGAAGCUAAGAUUCGUUCUUUAUUCAACUAUGAACAAUCACAUAUCUUUGGUCUAAGGGACUUUAUAAUUGAUGGCUUAUCAGUGGAGAGAAAUCAUGUUCUUGUUAGAAUAAAUCUUGUUGGUGGGCCAUUGGAACGGAUUUUGCCUCCAAGGAUACUCGAAAAGAGUGAUAACCCAUAUCCUUGGCCAAUGUUUUCAUCAUAUCCUUUGCCAAACUGCUAUCUGUCAGACAUUACAAGAAAUGCUGGCAUAAAACAAGACAAUGAUCUUGGCAAGCUUUUAUUAUGCCUCAAAAUAUCUGAUAAACAAACUGAAUGGAUAGUAAACUGCCGAAGACAAUUUUGCAAAAUAAUGAAAGCCAAACCUGAUAUAAUCAGUGGAGAGGCCUUAGUAGAAUUACUUGAAAAAUUUGUGCUUCAUCUCACUGAAAGCCCGUCUGAAUGCUACUUCCCUUCAGUGGAGUAUACAGCUACUGAUGCAAAUGUGAAGAAUGAAAGCCUUUCAUCUGUGCAGCAGCUUGGCAUUAAAAUGACUGUCAGGUAUGGCAAAUUCCUCAAUCUCUUAAAAGAUGGUGCAGAAAAUGAUCUUACCUUGGUUUUAAAGCAUUGUGAGAGAUUCCUGAAACAGCAGCAAACUUCCAUAAAAUCUUCUCUUCUCUGCCUGCAAGGGAAUUAUACUGGCCAUGACUGGUUUGUAUCUUCUCUGUUCAUGAUAAUGUUGGGAGACAAAGAAAAAACAUUCCAAUUUCUUCGUCAAUUCUCCAGGCUUCUGACUUCUGCUUUCCUUUGGUUGCCAAGACUACAUAUUUCUAGUUACCUACCUAUUGACACUGUAGACUCUGGCAUCCAUCCAGUAUAUUUUUGCAGCACCCAUUAUAUUGAAAUGCUACUGAAGGCUGAGUUGCCUCUUGUGUUUUCAGCUUUUCACAUGUCUGGUUUUGCACCAUCACAGAUUUGCCUGCAAUGGAUAACCCAGUGUUUUUGGAAUUAUUUAGAUUGGAUAGAAAUCUGCCAUUAUAUUGCUACUUGUGUUUUCCUUGGUCCUGAUUAUCAAGUGUAUAUCUGUAUAGCUAUAUUCAAACAUUUACAGCAAGACAUUCUACAGCACACUCAGACUCAAGAUCUGCAAGUUUUCCUAAAAGAAGAAGCACUGCAUGGGUUUCGAGUGAGUGAGUAUUUUGAAUACAUGGAAAUUUUGGAACAAAACUACCGAACAGUGCUGCUGAGAGACAUGCGGAACAUUAGACUGCAGAGCACAUAGAUCAUGAGGCACACAGUUUAAAUUCGUUUUGUUUAUUUUUAAAGGCAACAGGGGGGCUUGUUUUCUGUGUCUGUAACAACAUAUACUUUGUGAAUAUACAUAUUGUAAAUACUGAGAGGUUUUGAAUAUAAUGAUAUAUUUAAGUAGGUAUGAGCUCAAUUUGUGAAUUCAUUUUUGUAAGUUUGUUGUUUUAUAAGGUUAUUAUAGAAUCAGAUCUAGCUUACUUACCGUUCUUAUUCAUAUUUAAGAGUCAGUCCUGGCCAUGUGCAGUGGCUCAUGCCUGUAAUCCCAUCAUGAGGUGGGCGGAUCACGAGGUCAAGAGAUCGAGACCAUCCUGGCCAACAUGGUGAAACCUCGUCUCUGCUAAAAAUACAAAAAUUAGCUGGGUGUGGUGGUGUCCGUGUAGUCCCAGCUGCUCAGGAGGCUGAGGCAGGAGAAUCGCUUGAACCCGGGAGGCAGAAGUUGCAGUGAGCCAAGAUCAUGCCACUGUAUUCCAGCCUGGUGACAGAGUGAGACUCCGUCUCAAAA